AUGGAACUCGACGCAAACAGCCAAACGCUGACGCCGCUUCCCGAAGUCCUCCAACGGGGUCUCGCUGCCGUUUCCUUCUUCGGCUUCCUCUCGUUCAUUACAACAACAGCACUCUUUUCGGUCUUGACUUAUCGGCUAAUAAAAUGGUAUCUUGCACCGGGGCCGGACCGGCCUCACCGCAUGGCGGACGAGCCGAAUGCGGACGCCGUCCUCGCCGAAGAAAUGGGUCUUCCGGAAACGAUGUACCCUAGGGGUAACAAGAAGAACAAAGCCAGGAGGGACGCCCCCAAUCAGUUCCUUGUGCUCAUCUACAACCUACUACUUGCCGAUAUCCAACAAGCCCUUGCUUUCUUGCUCAACGCGGCAUGGCUCAACAAGAAUGGCAUCAUCAUCGAGAGUACGACUUGCUGGGCGCAGGGCUGGUUCAUCUCAACAGGCGAUUUGGCUUCUAGCGCGUUCAUCAGCACCAUUGCCAUUCACACCUAUCUCUCCGUCGUCAGAGAUUAUAAGCUUCCCAACUGGGCAUUCUGGUGCAUGAUCGGCUCUGUCUGGUUCUUCAUCUACGCCCUAGCCAUUGUCGGCGUCAUCAUCACCCAUAACGGAGCCGGUCACGGCGGCCUCUACGUCCGCGCCGCUGCAUGGUGCUGGGUCAACGUCCGUUACGAGGCGAUGCGUCUCUACCUCCACUACAUGUGGAUGUUUGUUUCCUUCUUCAUCACAGCGAUUCUCUACAUCCUCAUCUUCAACCACAUCCGCCGCACUGACCCAUCCCUCCAACUCCCAUCCUCCUCAAAUAACACUACAUCUUCUGCCUCUCAGAGCAACCGCGGUCGUAGACUUAGCCACGCGCACACAACGUCUCAAUCUGGGCCCCCAAAGAGUUCCCAUGGCGAAGCCCCGGCGUCCAACCCGAGCAACGCCGGACACCACCCUGCUUUCCUCAUCUAUCCCAUAAUCUACAUUCUUUGCACGGCCCCCCUGGCAUUGGGUCGUGUCAUCACAAUGGCUGGGAAACCCGUCUCUUUGGAAUACUUCUGCCUUGCUGGUGCAAUGAUUGCAUCCAAUGGCUGGCUCGAUGUUCUUCUAUUCUCCACGACUCGUCAUGUCAUUAUCUUUGACGCCUCCCCAGACUUUGAGGAGACGGGUAUCGAGACUUUCGCCUUUAUGCGCACACCCACCAACCGUCGCUACGGCAAUAUGGUGUGGGUUCAGGGCGCCGGAAGUGCGCCUAAUAAUCUUUCCGCGGACGAGGGAACCGGUGGUUGGCUCUGGAAGCUCUUCCGCCGGGGGCGUGGCGUGGGUGACGCGAAGAAAGACGGACGCCGCAGCGGUGCCCAGCGGAGCAUCAGCCAGGAGUCUCUCAGGAGGCGGGCCGAACAGAUGGAAGGCAUUCAGAUGGAAACAGUGACUACUGUCGUUGUAGAGAUGGAAGGUCACUCUGCAGGUAAGAAGGUCAAUAGAAGGCCGGCUUCUGUCGAUACGUUUGAGAAGGAGCGGUCACAGAGUGUGGGUAGCAUGUGA